UCAGUGCAGUGGAAGCAGAGGCGGAAGUGUCGACAGAGAACACAAAGGAAAUCCGGAGAAUUUUGAAGCUUCAGCUGUUAUAAUGAGCUUAGCAGAAGAUAGACAGUGCUCCUCAAGGAAGUCUGGGGCUCCUGAUCCUGAUCCCUCACAGCUGUGUGAGGAUGUGAAAACAGAGACUUCAGCUGAAGCAUCAGAGGUCUGUGUGAAGAAAGAAGAGACGCUGGAGCUGAACAUCUGCAGCCAUGGAGACGACCUUGACAACCCACCUGAAGGGCUCUCCAUUAAAGAGGAAGAUGCUAACAAGAAAGACUACCUUUACUGUGAACUUUGCAAAUCCUUUUUCUUCAACAAGUGUGAGCUUCAUGGAUUGCCCCUUUUCAUCUGUGAUACUCCUGUUCCUGUGGGAGACCCUGACCGAGCCAGACAAACACUUCCUCCUGGACUAGAGAUUCGGAGGUCCAGUAUUCCUGACGCAGGCCUGGGAGUGUUUAAUAAGGGGGAGACUGUCCCAGUAGGUGCACACUUUGGACCCUACCAGGGAGAGCUAGUAGACGGAGAGGAAGCCAUGAAUAGUGGAUACUCCUGGGUGAUCUGCAGGAGCAGACAGUAUGAAGAAUACAUAGAUGGCAAAAGAGAAAUGUAUGCGAACUGGAUGAGGUAUGUGAAUUGUGCCCGUAAUGAUGACGAACAGAAUCUCGUGGCAUUUCAGCAUCAAGAGGGAAUUUUGUAUCGUUGUUGUCGACCCAUUAACCCAGGACAGGAGCUCUUGGUGUGGUAUGAAGAGGAAUAUGCCAGAGAACUCAGUCCUGCGUUUGACUACCUCUGGAACAAAAAGUGCUCCACGAAUGAAGUAAACAGUCUGCUGCAAGUCUUUUCCUGCUCCACAUGUCCUCUUUCCUAUGCAUCUGAAAUUUAUCUCCACAAACACAUCCAGAGAUGCCACUAUGAAGAGUAUGCAAGACUGUGGGAUACAGGAGAAAUUAAAUAUGAGCUUGAGAUUCCCUCAAAAGGCUCCAGUAAUCAGCCAACAUCAUUGGAUAUUCUCAAUUCUGACAGUUCUCACAGUGAUGUACAGAAGGAAAUGCACCACUGCUCAGACUGUGGAAAGAACUUUGGUCAUCAGAAUGCCCUCAAAAUACACCAGUGCAGUCACACAGGAGUAAAGCCGUAUCACUGCUUACAGUGUGGAAAGAGUUUUACUCAUCAGUGUCAUCUUCAACGACACCAGCGCAUUCACACAGGAGAGAAGCCACAUCAUUGUUCUCAGUGUGGAAAGAGUUUUACACAGCAGAGUAAUCUCCAACGACACCAGCGAGCUCAUACAAGAGAGAAGCUGUAUCACUGCUCACAGUGCGAGAAGAGUUUUACAAACCAAAGGAAUCUCCAAAAACAUCAGCGCGUUCACCCAGGAGAAAAGCCGUUUCAUUGCUCACAAUGUCGAAAGAGUUUUACUCAACAGAGCACUCUCCAGAACCACCAGCUCAUUCACACAGGAGAGAGGCCGUAUCACUGCACACAGUGUGGAAAGAGUUUUGUUAUACAGAGACAUCUUCAAAUACACCAGCGCAUUCACAUAGGAAAGAAACCGUAUCACUGCUCACAGUGUGGAAACCGUUUUACUCGACAGAGUCAUCUUCAAAUACACCAGCGGAUUCACACAGGAGAGAAGCCGUAUCACUGCUCACAGUGUGGAAACCGUUUUACUCGACAGAGUACUCUCCAAAUACACCAGCGCAUUCACACAGGAGAGAAGCCAUAUCAGUGCUCACAUUGUGGAAAGAGUUUUACUCGACAGACUGAUCUACAACGACAUCAGCGCAUUCACACAGGAGAGAAGCCGUAUCACUGCUCAGAGUGUGGAAAGAGUUUUACUCAGCAGCGUCAUCUCCAAGUACACCAGCGUAUUCAUACAGGAGAGAAGCCGUAUCACUGCUCACAGUGUGGAAAGAAUUUUACUUAUUCAGUUACAUUUAAGACCCACAAGUGCACAAACUCGGAGACAUUGCAUGAUCUGAUGAAUCAGUGAAGGCAAAAUGUCAUUUUUAAAGUAAGACUAUUCAUGAUUUUAUUUCACCCUAAAGUAGUAGUAACAUUAUCACACAAGUCAUACAUAAAGUAGAACACUAUCAGUGUAGUACUGCAGCAUUAGACUAAAACCAAGCCAGUGCAAAGUUCAUCAGUAAACUCGCGCUACAUGUGAAUAGAAUGAAAACAAUGCCAACAUCACAGUUCAUCAAGUCUUUUUGCCUGUGAUCUAGUGAUGUAUUAUUAUAUGAUUUGAUCAUUAAAAUCAACUCCGUUUAGUGUGACUUAUUUCACUCAUAAUGCAGUCAUAGCUGCAGUUUGCUUACUCAGUGUACAUGUAUAUGUUCCUUGGGUCAUGAUUUUGUUUGUUUUUUUCCUUUGUCUUAGUCUUGAGUAUUAGCCAUCUGGUGUCCUUUUCACAUAUACAUCUGCAUUAAAUCGGUAGGCUGGCUGGGUCCAAUUUUUGUUCAAACUAAGACCGCUGCCAAGGUUGUCUGUGUGCUCACAAUAAACUAUCUCUUUUAUUAAACCACUG